AUGUCUGAUAGAGUUUUAGAAAUCAAUGCCUUGGCCAAAGAAUUAAAGGCCAACUUGAAACAAUUCCCUAAUUUUCCAAAAGAAGGAAUCUUGUUUGAAGAUUUCUUACCAAUUUUCACCAAACCUGACUUGUUUAAUAAGUUGGUCAAAGCUUUCAAAUUACACGUUGGUGAACAAAAAAUUGAUUAUGUCAUUGGAUUGGAGAGUAGAGGGUUUUUAUUUGGUCCAACUUUAGCUUUAGCUUUGAAUGCCGGAUUUGUUCCAGUUAGAAAACCAGGUAAAUUACCAGGUCCAACUUUUAAAGUUGAAUUCCAAAAAGAAUACGGUUCAGAUGAAUUUGAAAUCCAACAAGAUGUGAUUCCUAAAGGUGCAAAAGUUUUAAUUGUUGAUGAUAUUUUAGCUACUGGUGGAAGUGCAUUUGGUGCUGGUGAAUUGGCUAAGAAAACAGGAGCAGAAAUUGUUGAAUACUUGUUUGUCAUGGAAUUGGAUUUCUUAAAAGGUAGAGAUAAGUUAGAUGCCCCAGUGUAUACUUUAUUUGGUGGACAAGAAGAAAAAUUUACUGAAUAA